AUGGAGUCUGCAUCAGCCUCACUACGAAACUCGCUGCGUGGUCGGAGAAGAGGUUAUGAAUCUGUGCUAGGCUCUUCUUCGCGGGCCCCAUCGCUCUUAGAUGAGGGCACACACGAUGACUGGAACGAUGACGACGAGUUUGAGGAUGCAGUUCAAACGCGCAGUUCCUACGACGAGACAGACCCGUAUGCAGAAAGUGAUGGAUACUCAGAAGCUGAUCCUUAUGAUAUGAACGAAUCUGCUUAUGCGCGAAGAGACAGCUGGCAUGAUUAUGACGAUGAGUGGGAGAGCGAUUUCCAUCGAGAGGAAGACUCUGAGCUACUUUCUCACAGCGACGGGUCGGACCCGGCUGGUGUGGCCGGUAUAGGCACUCGACGCUCUGGGCGCACCGCGCCGGAUAGCCGAAGCCGUGGCGUGUAUGUGGAGCAUCCGCACACGGCGUUUGAGGAUGUGGCGGUGGCCGAGGAGCCGGAUCAGGAGCCUCUGCCGUUCCAUCCUGAUGAGUUGGACCCAGAAACGGCGAAGGUGGAAGAUUUCCCGGCAUUUUUCCAUCAUAAAGUGGGUGAGUAUGGUGACUUCAAUUGGUUUUCUCGCUUCUAUCUGGAAAUUCGUCAGCUGUUCAUGCUUCUGCUGACGACCAUCGGUCUCUCUAUGGUGAUGGGACUGGCGAUUCUUCGAUACAUGAAUCCGUUCCGCAAAAACUAUCCCAAGGCGCGCGUGGACUUUGAGUAUGAGAGGCGCAUCACGGGUGAGCGGUACAGUGAACGCGUGCAGUACUACGCCGAGUUUUGGGGCUACCAGUGCGAAGAGUAUGACAUCAUCACGCGUGGUGGCUGGAUCCUCAAGGCGCAUCGUAUUUCAGACCCGCGUCGCCCAGGUGGUCGCGGCUACCCUGUCGUGCUGCAGCACGGUAUUCUGUGCACGUCGCUCUUCUUCUUCACGUCCGAGGAGCGGUCUCUCGGCUUUUGGUUGGUGGACCAGGGCUUUGACGUGUGGAGUACCAACAUCCGCUCCAACUUUGGGGCGGGUCAUACCACCUACAAGCGCUGGGACCCGCGAUUUUGGGCGUGGAGCCUGAUCGAACUGGGUGACGACCUGGUGGACGUGGUCGAUUUUGUUUUGCGUGAGACGGGAUACCGGCAGCUAGCCUUCGUGGGGCACUCCCAAGGCACUGGCAGUAUGUUUUUGGCGCUUGAAAAGUACAAGGAGCUGGGCACGAAGCUAUCGUCUUUCACGGCGCUCGGGCCGGCUGUAUACCCAGGCAAGUCACUGAACCGCCUUCCGUUUCGCGUCAUGCGCAUGGUGCCGUCCCGCUGGGCAUGGUCCCUGGUGUUUGGCGUGCGAGAGUUUAUGCCGCCUCUCGGUAUCGUGCGGCAAAUCUUGCCCAAAUUCUUGUUUGGACACAUGGCCUACAUUGUGUUUGGCUAUUUGUUCGACUUUCACGACCACAACUGGGUCGACCGCCACAAGCCCAAGGUGUUUUGCGCGACAGGUGUGCUUACGUCGAGUGAGCUGCUCUACUACUGGCUGCACUGCUUCGUGGCGCGUGGCUGCGUAUUCGAUCCGCGCCUGCGUCGGCCUUGGUUCCCGCCGACGUUCCCUCCGCUGACGAUCGCGUACGGCACCAUCGAUCAUCUCGUCGUCGGUAAGCCGCUCAUUGACCGUCUGCUGGCCUAUGAAAGCAAUGUGCAGAUCGUACAUAUUCUCGAGCUGCAGGGCUACGAGCACAUGGACAUGGUGCUGGGCUGCGACGCGUUCAAGGUCGUGUACCCGAAGAUCAAGGACACCAUCGUGCGUACGAUCGACCCCGAGGACGUGCCCUUUGUUGAGGUCCCGCGGACGGGUCGUUACAUCUAA